AUGAAUUCUUCUCAAACUGGGCUUAUGUGGUUGAUGAAAAUAUUACAAGGAAAUGAAAGUCAUGGUGCUGGAAAUCGGUUAACACAAGAGCGAUUUCAGCACUCACGCGAGAUAGUUAGUCGAUAUUUCAACAAGGUUUUAGAUGUUUUAUGCCAUAUGAGUGUGGAUGUAUUAAAACCACCUGACCAAGAAUUUAAAGAUGUUCCUGAAGAGAUAUUGAAUGAUUCAAGGUAUAUGCCUCAUUUUAAGAAUUGUAUUGGUGCAAUAGACGGUGUGCAUGUGAAUGCAAUAAUUCCUCUUGAAGAUCAAGUACCGUUUAUGGGUAGAAAAGGGAUAUCGACUCAGAAUAUUAUGGCAAUAUGUAAUUUUGAUAUGCAGGUUAUAUAUGCAUAUGUUGGGUGGGAAGGUUCUGCCCAUGAUACAAGAAUAUUUUUAUCAUCUUUACGUGAUCCAACUUCAAAUUUUCCAAAACCACCUCAAGGAAAAUAUUAUUUAGUGGAUGCGGGAUACCCAAAAAUAAAAGGAUUUUUAGGACCGUAUAAAGGCCAAAGAUACCAUCUUCCACAAUUUCAACGAGGUAGCAAACCUAUUGGUUAUAAAGAGGUAUUCAACCAGGCACAUUCUUCUCUUCGAAGUGUUAUAGAACGAACUUUUGGAGUAUGGAAGAAAAGAUGGAAAAUAUUAAGAGAUAUGCCUAGUUAUCAAUACACAAAGCAAGUGAAAAUAGUAAUUGCAUCAAUGACCUUGCAUAAUUACAUUCAAAGGCAUGCUAAACAUGAUCGUCAUUUUGAGAAAAUUAGAGAUAAUCUAGAAUACUGUGCAAAUGAUCAAACAACUAAUGUUGAAGAUGAAGAUGAAAUAGCUAGAACUUCAAAUUCAAAUGAAAUGGACAACAUCAGAGAUAUGAUUGCUAGAAGUUUAAUGAGAGAUACCUAG